CCGGGAUGCAGCAGUCCAUUGCAGCACCCUUUCCUCGGACUAUAAUAGCAGUUAAAGUUAGCGACUUCUUCCCGAACUUUUAGGCAACUAUCGGGACUGGAAUGGAACUGCGUCUGGUACCGUAUGCAAAUAUUUGUGCUGACGUAAGAGAUCAUGUGGUUUUUGGCGUAGAUCCCCCGUGAACGAGAAUUUUUUCUACUGUUGUCUUUAGGAAUCGGUAGAAUCUUUAGAAUUAAUCCCUGUAUUCGUUCUAUUCAUCGAUAUAAAAGAACCAGGUUUGGAACCGUACGCUAUAUAAUCAACCAUCAUCAAACGCAGUGGACAGUGAAUGAGAAGCAACGCAUGGAUAUGAUUCAGUUUUCUUCCCUAGACAAGGUCCUGUAGGAAAGGAAAAUCUGAGGUCAGAAUGUCUGUAAUGAAGUUGCAUGAAGUGCCCCAUUGGAGCUGACACUGAGUCAGCAAGAGACUCCAGUGCAGACAGAAGAGGGCAGAGGACGGCUCCCUCCUCAGCCACUGAUCCGCCCUCCUCCCCAAUCUGCCAAAGUUCCAUUGUAAGGCCCAUACCCCAUUUGCCGUUAUGGCUAGUCGAAGGAAGUCAACCAUCCCAUGCAUGAUUCGAAUUAAUGAGAUGAUUGAGCAGGAUGACUCUGAGGACAUGGACGUCUCCUCUAAUGGCACGGUGGAGAAUAACUCGUCCCAGACUCUGCCCACUGCAGAGUUGGCUCCGGAGAGAGAGAUGGAGAUGGAGAUGGAGAGGGAGAGGGAGAAGCCAGAGGCAGAGACUCGGCUACAGCGGAAGCAGCAAGGAGGCUAUGAGUGCAAGUACUGUCCCUUCUCCACGCAGAACCUGAAUGACUUUAAAGAGCACGUGGACUCCAACCAUCCCAAUGUCAUACUGAACCCUCUUUACUUGUGUGCAGUGUGCAAUUUCAACACAAAGAAGUUUGACACCCUGACAGAGCACAAUGAGAAGUAUCAUCCCGGGGAAAACAACUUCAAGUUCAAGCGGAUCAAAAUGAACAGCCAGACCAUCCUGGAGCAGACAAUCGAGGGUUUAAAUGGUGCAGUCGGCCAUGACGCUGCUACUGUUCAAGGUGCUGAGGGCUUUGCCACGUUCCCUUUGGGCAAAUCAGCCACCGGGAAGAUUGGCAAGCCAAAAAUGGACAACAAACAGAUUUUCCACAAAGGGGAAAAGUUGGAGAAUCAUGUAGAUGCGCUCAUCACAAAAGACCAAAUCACUGCUGUAAACGUGAACGGGACUGUUAUCAUCCCUGAAGCGACUAUAAAGGAAGGGCUGUCUCACGUUAUGCCAUUAUUGCAGCGACCACCGAAUUAUAACAUGGUACCAAAAAUCGCUGUCCCACUGAACACCACCAAAUACAAUCCCUCGUUGGACAGCAAUGCCACCUUAAUCACAUCCUUCAACAAGUUUCCCUACCCAACCCAUGCUGAGCUUUCCUGGCUGACGGCACAAUCCAAGCACCCAGAGGAGCAAAUCAAAGUCUGGUUUACCACUCAGCGGCUAAAGCAAGGUAUCACCUGGUCCCCGGAGGAGGUGGAGGAGGCCCGUAAGAAAAUGUUUAAUGGCUCCAUCCCACCUCUGCAUCAAACCUUUACUGUUCUGCCUAACCCAUUGACCCAGCCAGCCAAAGUCACCCAGCCCCUUAUUCAGACUGUCCCAUGCCAGCUCCUUGGACAGUCUAGCUUAGUGUUGACGACUGUUGCCAAUGGGUCAACCAUGACCUGUCCUCCUGUUACACUGACUGUAUCAAACCAAGUGGAAACCUUCAAGAGGCCCUUGCCAGCCCCAACAGUGGCCCCCGAGGUGAAGCGCUCCAUGGUCGGGCUGAAGGCAGCACCGGUGUUGGGCUUUACGGGGAAGAGGCCCACUCCAGCCCAGGUGGCAGCCCCAGAUGUGAAGCGGGGGAUGUCCGGUUCACUUGGGGCCCUAGAAGGGAAAUGGCCCAUGGCACCCCCAGCAGUGCCCCCUGAAAUGAAGAGGUCCAUGGCACCCCCAAUUGUCCCAGAAAUGAAGCGACCCCUUGUAACCCCAGUUGUUGCACCUGAGCUGAAACGGCCUAUGGGACCCCCAUUAUUGCCCCCAUUAUUGCCCCCAGUAUUGACUCCUGAAACUAAGCGCCCUGUACUUUCCCCGCUGAUCGGCCCUGAUGGCAAGUGGUCUCCAGGUCCAAGUCCUGAACUCAAACAGACCAUAAUAGCCCCUGUGAUGUCCUCUGAAGUGAAGCGGCCAACCAUCAUAAAAUCCAUUCAGCCUUCUCUCAAGGCAGCCUCCCCUAUCCCCAGCUUUCCCUUGGACUGCAGGAAAACAAGAGAUCACAUCACAGAGAUGCAAGCCUGUCAAGUCAAGAACCAGCUUCCUGAAGACAAGGAGGUACAUCGGCUAAUCGAGACCAGCGGUGUCUCCCAGGCUAACAUGAAAAACUCUUUUAGUGACAAGCAUUAUCAUAACCACAAGGCCGCGCCACUUUUGGCUGUUGAUCUUCUGCCGAAAGACAUGCUGAGAAAAUCUAUCCCCACUCAGUUUCCUCUUUUGGAGAGAGUCAAAGGGAAGACCUCUGAGCAGCUCAAGAUUUUAGAAGACAGUUUCCAGAGGAGCAGCUUUCCAACACUUGGUGAAAUUGAUGGCCUUGUGACCGAAACCAGACUUUCCAAGAAUGAAAUCAACAGCUGGUUUUCGGAGCGCCGAGCCCUGCGGGAUAACUUGGAGCAAGCCCUCCUGAACUCCAUGAGUUCAAAGAAGGCACACGUCGAAGAGAGGCAGCGAAAAGGAAUGCAGAAUGGCAUUCACGAGCUGGAGGGCCAAACCAGGAAGUCCCCCCUUCCCAUCGUCGCUCCUCUCACAUGUCCCACGGCUAUAGACGGAGCAUCACUGGGGCAGCUCAAAAACGUUUUUGCACUAACACGGUGGCCUUCACCUGAGGAAUACAAUAACCUGGAGGUCCAGACCGGCCUGGCCCGCACGGACAUCGUCCGCUGGUUCAAGGACAGCCGGCUGGCCCUAAAGAGCGGGACCUUAGAGUGGAUGGAGCUGUUCCUGAAACUGAGCGACAAAGACCAGAACGGCCUGGGCUCACCAGCAAGCACUGAAUAUACCCAGAGUAUCCCCAGACAGUACUACCCGGACGGGAAGGCACAGCGAGACAAGGAUGUCAGGAAGUUCACAGAAGGUGCCGCACUCAGCAGCCAGGAAAUCAAAAACUGGUUUGCCAACAAUCUGGGACAGAAUGCAUCAGACAGCAAGAAUGGCAUCCAGGACGGACGAGCCAGAGAGGAUCAUGGGGGCUGGGUGAAAAUGACGGUUGGGGUGGACGGAGGUUUAACUGGACAGGAGAUGGUCUCGGAUACAGAAAACGUGGCAGAAGACAUCUCCGGGAGGGUGACAGGAUAAAGUAUACACCAGUUGGGAACGGUGGGAACUGUCCUUUGCACAGAAGAGGGGAAGGAAGGAAGGACAGAAAUUCUAUUUUUCGUAUUUCGGAACCAAUGAUUUUACAUCUGCACUGUCCCAGCUAAAUGCACAGCGUUCACACAACAUGGCUGUAAUGUUGAAAUGUCUGCUACAACAUUACAUGAGGACUGUGGGAGCAUUUUGGCUGAGCUGAGAUGUAAUCAGAGGCACAGUGAGUGGACUCCAACUGACCAGGAGGUUACCGUCGUGUGCCAAAGCUGGACUGCUGCAUUAUUACACUUUUAAAAAAAGGGUCCUUGUAAAUAUUUUCUGUAUUGCAACAGAUUUGUACAAUUUUGGGGGAAUUUUGUUACAUUUGUAAUAGGAGUGACUCGUCCCUUUAUGUUCCAGCUGGUCCUUACAGUGGUAUGUACUGUGUUUUGUAACAAGACACCAUGAACCACUACAUCUGUUGGCAAUACUCUCAGUAACUCCAUGUUACAGUGCCCAGCUUCAUUGUUUUCUGUCUGGUGGACAUUCUGUAAAUCCAAUCCAAGCUGCCUGUGUGUGCAUGGAGUUCUGUCUGAAACUUUGCAACAGUUUUAUUUUUGCAAAGAACGCCUUGUCCUUGAGAUCAAGUGAUGUUGUGGAUCUCCUGAAGACAACUGUUCCUCGCCAUAGGAACAAGGUGCUCCGAGCUGCACAGGCCUUUCCGCCAGGAAACCUGGGAAAAGUGGGAAAGGAUUUUCCCGAAACAAUCCGGACACAUGCCGCACAUGCCAUUUCCUUUUGUUCUAGCGUAGUCGCCAUUAUUAUUUCUCAGAUGGACACUUCAGCACAUUAUACAUGUUGGCUUUCUAGGAGUACUCUACUGCAUGUAGUACUAGUUCCAUUUCAACUAGCGCAAACAAAGGCCCGGUAACAGAUACACACGCUCUUUAUGUUACGCUUCGGAUGUAGUCAUGUUCGGACAUAAUAUAUUAAGAAUACUGUGCUUCAACCAAGAAUCCUGCUUUUUUAAAAACCAGUUGCUGUCUGCUGUAAUCCAAUAAAAAAAAAAAAAAAGCCCUAUUUAAAAGUUAA